AUGGACUAUAAUAGGAUGAACUCCUUCUUAGAGUACCCACUCUGUAACCGGGGACCCAGCGCCUACAGCGCCCACAGCGCCCACAGCGCCCCUACCUCCUUCCCCCCCAGCUCGGCUCCUGCUGUUGACAGCUACGCAGGGGAGACCCGCUAUGGCGGGGGACUGCCCAGCCCCGCGCUCCAGCAGAACUCAGGCUAUCCCCCCCAGCAGCCGCCUUCUGCGCUCGGGGUGCCCUUCCCCAGCUCGGCGACCUCGGGGUACGCCCCGGCCGCCUGCAGCCCCAGCUACGGGCCCUCUCAGUACUACCCUCUGGGCCAACCCGAAGGAGACGGAGGCUAUUACCAUCCUUCGAGUUACGGGGCCCAGCUAGGGGGCUUGUCGGACGGCUACGGAACCGGUGGAGCGGGCCCGGGGCCGUACCCUCCCCCGCAGCCCCCUUUUGGGAGCGAGCAGACGGCGAGCUUUGCAUCGUCCUAUGCUGACCUCCUCUCCGAGGACAAGGAAUCGCCCUGCCCGUCAGAACCCAGCACCCCCACAGCCCGGACCUUCGACUGGAUGAAGGUUAAGAGGAACCCACCCAAGACAGCGAAGGUGUCUGAGCUGGGCCUUGGCGCGCCCGGCGGCCUCCGCACCAACUUCACCACGCGGCAGCUGACCGAGCUGGAGAAGGAGUUCCAUUUCAACAAGUACCUGAGCCGGGCCCGGAGGGUGGAGAUCGCCGCCACCCUAGAGCUCAACGAGACGCAGGUCAAGAUUUGGUUCCAGAACCGGCGCAUGAAGCAGAAGAAGCGCGAGCGGGAGGGAGGCCGGGUGCCCCCAGCCCCUCCGGGUUGUCCCAAGGAGGCGGCUGGAGACGCCUCCGACCAGUCGACGUGCACCUCCCCGGAGGCCUCGCCCGGCUCUAUCACCUCCUGA